UCUUACACUCGCAGUCUGAGGCUGUGCUGCUUAUCUGAGCGCUCUUCAGAGGAUUCAUGCAACAUAGCCGACCCUAAACACGAUUUAAAGUUGAUUUUUGGCUGUUCGUGUUCAAUAAGUGAACGCCAUGUCCUACAACUACGUGGUCACCGCGCAGAAGCCCACAGCAGUGAACGCCUGUAUCACUGGUCACUUCACAUCUGCUGAAGAUCUGAAUCUGCUGAUCGCUAAGAACACGCGUCUGGAGAUCUAUGUGGUCACUGCCGAAGGUCUGCGGCCGGUCAAAGAGGUCGGAAUGUAUGGCAAGAUCGCAGUCAUGGAGCUCUUCAGACCUAAGGGAGAGAGUAAAGAUCUUCUGUUUAUUCUGACUGCUAAAUACAACGCAUGUAUCCUGGAGUACAAACAGAAUGGAGACAGCAUCGACAUCAUCACUCGUGCUCAUGGCAACGUGCAGGACCGGAUUGGGCGUCCAUCCGAGACAGGGAUCAUCGGUAUUGUGGAUCCGGAGUGUCGUAUGAUCGGCUUGCGUCUGUACGACGGGCUGUUUAAAGUCGUUCCACUGGACCGCGAUAACCGUGAGCUGAAAGCCUUCAACAUUCGUCUGGAGGAGCUGCAGGUCAUUGAUGUUCAGUUCCUGUACGGCUGCCAGGCUCCCACUGUCUGCUUCAUAUAUCAGGACCCUCAGGGUCGACAUGUGAAGACGUAUGAGGUGUCUCUGAGGGAGAAGGAGUUUAAUAAAGGACCCUGGAAGCAGGAGAACGUGGAGGCUGAAGCUUCAAUGGUCAUUCCAGUCCCAGAGCCGUUUGGUGGUGCUAUAAUCAUUGGACAAGAGUCCAUCACGUAUCAUAAUGGAGACAAAUACUUAGCCAUUGCACCGCCAACUAUCAAGCAAAGCACCAUCGUGUGUCAUAACCGCGUGGAUCCCAACGGCUCACGCUAUCUGCUGGGUGACAUGGAGGGCCGACUCUUCAUGCUUCUGUUGGAGAAAGAGGAGCUCAUGGACGGAGCGGUGGUGCUCAAAGACCUGCGGGUGGAGCUGUUAGGAGAGACAUCCAUUGCUGAGUGUCUGACAUAUCUGGACAAUGGUGUGGUGUUUGUGGGUUCCAGGCUUGGAGAUUCUCAACUAGUUAAGCUUAAUGUGGACAGUAAUGAUCAGGGCUCAUAUGUGGUGGUCAUGGAAACCUUCACUAAUCUGGGUCCGAUCGUAGACAUGUGUGUGGUUGACCUAGAGCGACAGGGACAAGGACAGUUGGUAACGUGCUCUGGAGCAUUUAAGGAGGGAUCUUUGAGGAUUAUCCGGAAUGGCAUUGGAAUCCAUGAGCACGCUAGCAUUGACCUGCCCGGAAUUAAAGGUCUGUGGCCUCUUCGCUCGGAGUCAAGCAGAGACACUGAUGACAUGCUCGUUCUAUCUUUUGUGGGUCAGACCAGAGUACUGAUGUUGAAUGGUGAGGAGGUGGAGGAGACAGAGCUGCCAGGGUUUGUGGAUAACCAACAGACGUUUUUCUGUGGAAAUGUAGCACACCAGCAGCUUAUACAGAUCACAUCAGUGUCAGUGCGGUUGGUGACUCAGGACAGUAAGUCUCUAGUGAGCGAGUGGAAGGAGCCGCAAGGCAGAAACAUCAGCGUUGCAUCCUGUAACAGCACACAGGUGGUGAUCGCUGUUGGCAGAGUGCUGUAUUACCUUCAGAUACUGACAGGAGAACUCAAACAGAUGAGUUGUACAGAGAUGGAGCAUGAGGUGGCGUGUCUGGACAUUACUCCUCUGGGUGACUGCGCAGGUGAGUCUAGCAUCUGCGCGGUUGGGCUCUGGACAGACAUCUCAGCUCGUCUGCUCAAGUUACCCUGCUUCAGCACGCUGCAUAAAGAGAUGCUGGGAGGAGAGAUCAUUCCUCGUUCAAUCCUCAUGACGACUUUUGAGGGCACUCAUUAUCUGCUGUGUGCUCUGGGAGACGGAGCACUCUUCUAUUUCGGACUGGACAUUCAAACAGGAGUUUUAAGUGAACGUAAGAAGGUGACUCUUGGCACUCAGCCGACGGUUCUGCGCACCUUUCGCUCGCUUUCCACAUCAAACGUGUUCGCCUGCUCAGACCGACCCACCGUCAUCUAUUCCAGCAACCACAAACUGGUAUUCUCUAACGUCAACCUUAAAGAGGUGAACUACAUGUGCCCGCUCAACUCUGAGGGAUACCCUGACAGUUUGGCUCUGGCUAAUAACAGCACUCUGACCAUCGGCACCAUUGAUGAGAUCCAGAAACUCCACAUCAGAACUGUACCACUAUACGAGUCACCCAAGCGUAUCUGUUAUCAGGAGGUGUCUCAGUGUUUUGGAGUGUUGUCCAGUAGAGUGGAAAUGCAGGACGCCAGUGGAAGUACAGCAGCGGUGCGCCCCAGUGCCAGUACACAGGCAUUGUCCAGCAGCGUGAGCUCCAGUAAACUGUUCCCCAGCAGCACUUCACCUCAUGAGACAUCAUUUGGAGAGGAGGUGGAGGUGCACAGUCUGCUGGUGGUGGAUCAGCACACAUUUGAGGUGUUACACGGCCAUCAGUUCCUGCAGAAUGAGUAUGCACUGAGUAUGGUGUCCUGUAAGCUGGGCAGAGAUCCUGCUGUGUACUUUAUCGUCGGCACGGCCAUGGUGUAUCCAGAAGAGGCGGAGCCUAAACAGGGACGCAUCAUUGUCUUUCACUAUACAGAUGGUAAACUGCAGACAGUUGCAGAGAAGGAAGUGAAAGGAGCAGUUUACUCGAUGGUGGAGUUUAAUGGCAAACUGCUGGCUAGCAUCAACAGCACUGUGCGUCUGUACGAGUGGACGGCGGAGAAGGAGCUGCGCACUGAGUGUAAUCACUAUAACAACAUCAUGGCCCUGUAUCUGAAGACUAAAGGUGAUUUCAUACUGGUGGGAGAUCUGAUGCGCUCGGUGCUGCUUCUGGCGUACAAACCCAUGGAGGGCAGCUUUGAAGAGAUCGCUCGUGAUUUCAAUCCUAACUGGAUGAGUGCUGUAGAAAUCCUGGAUGAUGAUAACUUUCUGGGAGCAGAGAAUGCUUUCAACCUGUUCGUCUGCCAGAAAGACGGGGCGGCGACUACAGAUGAGGAGCGGCAGCACCUGCAGGAGGUGGGCUUGUUUCAUCUCGGCGAGUUUGUCAAUGUGUUUUCACACGGUUCUCUAGUUCUGCAGAACCUCGGCGAGAGCUCCACACCAACCCAGGGUUCAGUGCUGUUCGGCACAGUCAACGGAAUGAUUGGUUUGGUGACGUCACUGUCCGAGGGCUGGUACAGUUUAAUGAUGGAUCUUCAGAACAGACUCAAUAAAGUCAUCAAAAGUGUCGGCAAGAUCGAGCACAGCUUCUGGAGGUCAUUCCACACAGAACGCAAGACCGAGCAGGCCACAGGGUUCAUAGAUGGAGAUCUGAUCGAGAGUUUCCUGGAUCUGGGUCGUGCUAAGAUGCAGGAGGUGGUGAGCACACUGCAGAUUGAUGAUGGCAGUGGAAUGAAGCGGGAAGCUACGGUGGAUGAGGUUAUUAAGAUCGUGGAAGAGCUCACACGAAUCCACUAACCAAUCUGAGCGUUCACACAUCUGUACAUAAAUAUAAAUAAAUCCGAGUGUGUGCACUUCACUCCUGCACAAUGAAUUGUGUUCUGUCACAGCUCACACACACAUUCAAGGUGUCUGUCAUAUGAGUAUAAUUAUGAUAGAUUUUAUGUGAAGAAUAUCCCUGUCUGCUGGAUGGAGGUUAUAUACUGUUCAAUACUGAAUCUCAAUAGUUUUAGUAAAGCCUUUGUCAUUGUGAUUGUUUUUUUUUAUUAUUUUUUUAUUUUGUUUUAAAAAAAUAAAGUUUUCUUCAAUA